AUGGUGGCUGUUUCCAAUGGCGAUUUGGUGGAGACAGUGUAUACCCAUGAUAUGAGGAAGAAGACCUUCCAUUACAUGCUUACCAUUCCAACAUCUGCAUCAAAUAUCGCCUUAGCCAUUGGACCUUUUGAAAUACUUGUAGAUCCAUAUAUGCAUGAGGUUACUCAUUUUUGUUUACCCCAACUUCUUCCAUUGCUUAAACAUACUACAUCAUAUCUUCAUGAAGUUUUCGAAUUUUAUGAAGAAAUUCUUACAUGUCGAUACCCAUACUCCUGCUUUAAGACUGUAUUCAUUGAUGAGGCUUAUGUUGAAGUGGCUGCGUAUGCUUCUAUGAGCAUUUUUAGCACAAACCUAUUACACAGUGCCAUGAUUAUCGAUGAGACACCUUUGACUAGGAGGUGUUUAGCCCAGUCCUUGGCCCAGCAGUUUUUUGGAUGUUUUAUAUCCAGAAUGUCUUGGUCUGAUGAAUGGGUACUGAAGGGAAUUUCAGGCUAUAUUUAUGGACUUUGGAUGAAAAAAACUUUUGGAGUUAAUGAAUACCGCCAUUGGAUUAAAGAGGAGCUGGACAAAAUCGUGGCGUAUGAGCUGAAAACUGGUGGAGUUUUACUACAUCCCAUAUUUGGUGGAGGAAAAGAGAAGGAUAAUCCGGCUUCCCAUCUAUACUUUUCAAUAAAGCAUCCACAUACGCUGUCCUGGGAGUACUACACUAUGUUCCAGUGUAAAGCUCACCUAGUGAUGAGAUUGAUUGAAAAUAGGAUCAGUAUGGAAUUUAUGCUACAAGUUUUCAAUAAACUGCUAAGUUUGGCUAGUACUGCUUCAUCUCAAAAGUUCCAGUCCCAUAUGUGGAGUCAAAUGUUGGUUUCCACGUUUGGGUUUUUGAAAUCCAUCUCAAAUGUCUCUGGCAAAGACAUUCAGCCUUUAAUAAAGCAGUGGGUAGACCAGAGUGGAGUGGUAAAAUUUUAUGGAAGUUUUGCAUUUAAUAGAAAACGAAAUGUCUUGGAAUUGGAAAUAAAACAAGAUUAUACAUCACCUGGAACUCAGAAAUACGUGGGACCACUUAAAGUGACAGUGCAGGAAUUAGAUGGAUCCUUCAAUCAUACAUUGCAAAUUGAAGAAAACAGCCUUAAACAUGAUAUACCCUGUCAUUCCAAAAGCAGAAGGAAUAAGAAGAAGAAAAUUCCACUGAUGAAUGGAGAGGAAGUUGAUAUGGAUCUUUCUGCAAUGGAUGCUGAUUCCCCUUUGCUGUGGAUAAGGAUAGACCCCGAUAUGUCAGUCCUGAGGAAAGUAGGAUUUGAGCAAGCAGAUUUCAUGUGGCAGUACCAGCUCCGCUACGAGAGGGAUGUGGUUGCACAGCAAGAGUCCAUCUUGGCCUUGGAAAAGUUCCCCACACCAGCAUCUCGGCUUGCCCUCACUGACAUAUUAGAACAAGAGCAGUGUUUCUACCGAGUAAGAAUGUCAGCUUGCUUCUGCCUUGCAAAGAUUGCAAAUUCAAUGGUGAGCACAUGGACAGGACCACCAGCCAUGAAGUCACUCUUUACUAGAAUGUUUUGUUGUAAAACUUGUCCAAACAUUGUGAAAACAAACAACUUUAUGAGCUUUCAAAGUUAUUUUCUACAAAAGACUAUGCCAGUUGCAAUGGCUCUAUUGAGAGAUGUUCACAACCUUUGCCCCAAAGAAGUCUUAACAUUUAUUUUAGACUUAAUCAAGUAUAAUGACAACAGAAAAAAUAAGUUUUCAGAUAACUAUUAUCGUGCAGAAAUGAUUGAUGCCCUUGCCAACUCUGUUACACCUGCAGUCAGUGUGAAUAAUGAAGUUCGAACUUUAGAUAAUUUAAAUCCAGAUGUGCGACUGAUUCUUGAAGAAAUCACCAGGUUUUUGAAUAUGGAAAAACUUCUUCCAAGUUAUAGACAUACCAUCACUGUGAGUUGUUUGAGAGCCAUACGAGUGCUUCAGAAGAACGGUCAUGUUCCCAGCGACCCAACUCUUUUUAAAUCCUAUGCAGAAUAUGGCCACUUUGUGGACAUUAGGAUAGCAGCUUUGGAAGCAGUUGUUGAUUAUACUAAAGUGGACAGGAGUUAUGAAGAACUUCAGUGGCUCCUUAAUAUGAUUCAGAAUGACCCUGUACCCUAUGUAAGACAUAAGAUUCUACACAUGUUGACUAAGAACCCACCAUUUACUAAGAACAUGGAGUCCCCCUUAUGCAAUGAAGCCCUGGUAGAUCAACUUUGGAAACUUAUGAAUUCGGGUACUUCACAUGACUGGAGGCUACGGUGUGGUGCUGUGGACUUGUACUUCACACUUUUUGGCCUCAGUAGACCUUCCUGCUUACCCUUGCCAGAGCUUGGGUUGGUUCUUAAUCUAAAAGAGAAAAAAGCUGUCUUGAAUCCAACCAUCAUUCCAGAGGCCAUCACAGGCAACCAAGAAACUGCAAUUAAUCCAAGUGGCCAUGCACAGCUAGUUGGAUUUCAGAACCCUUUUUCAAGUUCUCAAGAGGAAGAGGAGGUUGAUAUGGAUACUGUACAUGACAGCCAGGCAUUCAUUUCUCAUCAUUUGAACAUGCUGGAAAGACCAUCUACUCCAGGGCUCUCUAAAUAUCGGCCAGCUAGCUCUCGGGCUUUAAUGCCUCAGCACUCACCAGGGGGUGAUGGCACACCUGUCAUAAAGCCCCAGUGGGGGAUGGAACUUGCACGGAAGGGAACAGGUAAAGAGCAGUCACCUUUGGAGAUGAGUAUGCAUCCGGUUGCAACAGCUCCACUCUCAGUGUUUUCUAAGGAAUCGACGUCCUCCAAACACAGUGACCACCAUCACCACCACCACCAUGAGCACAAGAAGAAGAAGAAGAAGCACAAACACAAGCAUAAGCACAAGCACAAGCACGAGAGCAAAGAGAAGGACAAGGAGCCUUUCACCUACUCCAGCCCUGCCAGCGGCAGGUCUAUUCGCUCUCCUUCUCUCUCCGACUGA